UCGUUUCAAGGAGUCGGUUCUAAGAGCCGGGUCGUCCGGGAUCAGACCUCUGUAAGACUCUCACCACCAAGCAGCUGAGGUUUUGUUCACCAUGUUGGAGCAACUGUUCGGCGUAGUUACCGUGUGACCGACACUUUAAUCAUGUCAGCGGCUCCACCGGAGCAGCGAGGGCCCCGAGAGUAGCGCGUCAGCCGGGGGAGCGUCCUCCUCCCUGCAGCAGGCUCACCGACACUCGGAGACACGGACACGGACGGAGAGACGGACUGGUGUUUUGAUUUGAGGAUAACACGGACACAGAUUAGCUCCAAGCUGUCAGCUGAGCACCGCCGUCUCCGGUCCAGCUCCUGGCAGCAGCAGGAGAACUGAUCCCGCAUUAACAGGAUUCACUUUUCCCCGCACUGUUUAAGCCUCUCUGGAGGUGUUUCCAUCCCGGGGGAGGACACACACCGAACACCGGGCUGCUGUCGAUGGGGGAUAGAAGUAGUCUCCUCGAGUAUCUCUCCCGUGUUGUGGGUCAUGCUGGAAGCUCCGUGUGUGUCCGGCUGAUGGGGGUGAGUGUGCGGCGGGCGCUCGGCUCGGAGUCUCGGUGUAAUAAUAUGUGAGUGCGGUGGACAGCCGAGGCCGGGGCCUUCUGUUGUUUUGUGGCCUGGGCAGGGAAACACUUCCUCUGCACCGGAUCAUCAGCGUUAAUCACGGCCCGGAGAUUACAGGGAGGCUCUGUGGACUCGGGUCGGGGGGGGGGAUAGAUGCCGUGUGGAGCCCCAGAGCCGGAGCGAAGUGUAUGGAUGAAUGCACUGCCCCUCAUGUGACAGAUCUGACUGAGGCUCAUCAGGAGGACGGGGGCGCCCCCUCCAUCAUGAGGGACUUCUAGGGCCAAACACUGUUCAUUCACAGAGGGGGGCGCGGGUUGUUUCCUGCUCACUAUCUUGAUUCGUCAGGGUUCCUCGAUGCUCUGUUUCAUGAUACGAGCCCCGGGCUGCAGCAGUCUGAUGGUGAGCAGGCAGGGACAUUAAUUUAGAGGAAGUGGGUCAGAUCCUUGUUGGUAUUAUGAUAAGGAGGGACUCCCCGCAGGCCCACAGGAGCUGUUGUUGGAGCAUUUAAAGGCCAGACCUGAUUCCUACAUGUUCCUGUAGUGGUCGUGUUGCAGCCUGGUAGCCAUUAUCAUCACUUUGGACGCUUUCUGCAUCAUUUUAUGGCUCUUUGCAGCACAGCAGCUACAAAUGUUACAAAAAUGAUGGCUGCUUACAACGGAGGCUCCUCAGCAGUGGCUGCCCAUCAUCCGCAUCACCACCACCAGCUGCAGCACCUCCCGCCCCCCCACAUGCACCACCACCACGCGGGCCAGCAUCACCUGCAGCAUCCUGGUUCCGCCGCCGCCGUCCACACGGUCCAACAGCACGGCUCCACGGCGGCUGCUGCGGCGGCGGUGAUGCUCAACCCCGGCCAGCAGCAGCCCUACUUCCCCUCUCCGGCCCCCGGUCAAGCCCCAGGGCCGGCGGCGGCUGCGGCUCCCGCACAGGUUCAAGCGGCUGCUGUUGUCAAAGCUCAUCAGCACCAUCAGCACCAUCAGCAGCACCAGCAGCAGCAGCACCUCCAGCAGCAGCUCGACAUAGAGCCCGACAGACCCAUCGGAUAUGGAGCGUUUGGGGUCGUCUGGUCCGUGACGGAUCCCAGGGACGGGAAGCGAGUCGCCCUCAAAAAGAUGCCCAAUGUCUUCCAGAACCUCGUUUCCUGUAAGAGGGUUUUCCGGGAGCUGAAGAUGCUGUGCUUCUUCAAACAUGAAAAUGUGCUCUCUGCUCUGGACAUGCUGCAGCCUCCACACAUCGACUACUUUGAAGAAAUCUAUGUGGUAACUGAACUGAUGCAAAGUGACCUCCAUAAGAUCAUCGUCUCACCGCAGCCUCUGAGCGCAGACCACGCCAAAGUUUUCCUCUACCAGAUCCUACGAGGGCUGAAAUAUCUUCACUCUGCUGGCAUCCUUCACCGUGACAUCAAACCUGGCAACCUCCUGGUCAACAGCAACUGUGUGCUCAAGAUCUGUGACUUCGGCCUGGCCCGGGUGGAGGAGACAGACGAGUCACGCCACAUGACUCAGGAAGUGGUGACACAGUACUACCGCGCGCCGGAGAUCCUCAUGGGGAGCCGACACUACUCCAACUCCAUUGACAUCUGGUCUGUGGGCUGCAUCUUCGCUGAGCUGCUGGGCCGACGGAUCCUCUUCCAGGCCCAGAGCCCGAUCCAGCAGCUGGAUUUAAUCACAGACCUAUUAGGGACGCCGUCUCUGGAGGCAAUGAGGACGGCGUGUGAAGGAGCUCGCACUCACAUCCUCAGAGGGCCUCACAAACAGCCGUCACUUCCUGUUCUCUACACUCUGUCGAGCCAGGCGACCCAUGAAGCGGUCCACCUCCUCUGCAGGAUGCUGGUGUUUGAUCCGUCGAAGCGGAUUUCAGCGAAGGAUGCCCUGGCUCACCCGUACCUGGACGAAGGUCGCCUGAGAUACCACACCUGCAUGUGCAAAUGCUGCUACACCACGGCAUCCGGCCGCGUUUAUACCAGUGACUUCGAGCCCGUGACCAACCCCAAGUUUGAUGACGGCUUCGAGAAGAACCUGAGCUCUGUGAGGCAGGUCAAAGAGAUCAUCCAUCAGUUCAUUCUGGAGCAGCAGAAGGGGAGUCGAGUGCCUCUCUGCAUCAACCCUCAGUCAGCUGCUUUCAAAAGCUUCAUCAGCUCCACAGUGGCUCAGCCAUCUGAGAUGCCUCCGUCUCCCCUGGUGUGGGAAUAACCUCUGCUGUGCGCCAUCAGCGUCUCUCCUGACAGGCUGCUAAACUGGGAUCAAGAGCGUCUGGUGGCGUCUGCGUAGCAUUUCACUGGAGAGCAGGACUCGCCUGCAGGUCUUCUGAGACUCACCUGCAGGUCUACUGAAACAACUCGACUGACCUGCAGGUCUGCCGAGACUCACCUGCAGGUUUACUGAAACAACACGACUCACCUGCACAUCUACUGAAACAACUCAACUCACCUGCAGGUCUGUCGAGACUCACCUGCAGGUCUGUCGAGACUCACCUGCAGGUCUGCCGAGACUCAUCUGCAGGUCUUUGGCGGAGGGUGGGACUUAAACUCUGUAGACCAAAUCAGAAUGUUUUAAACGAACCCAUCUGAUCACUUAGAGGUUUUACUGUUAGUGCAUCUUAAUGAAGUAUGUUUCUGUUGAUAUAAAUAUAUAUUAAUACAAAUUUAAAAAGAUAUUUAUUUAAAAAUGACCACUUGUAAGAGAUGUUCCAACACCAAAACCAGCCUGGAGCCUGAACCUCUGGGUCAAAGAUCAGAGAGAACAAGAGUCUAUGCACCAAUCAGAGAUCAUUUAUUAACACAGAGUUUAAUCGACUGGCUUCUCUGGAAUUCAGUUCUUCUUGCACACAAUGAGCUGCUCUGUGCUGCCUCCAGCUUUCUGCAACUACAGUUUCAACUAGAGUCAGAGUAACAGACCGGAAACUGUCGUCAGGUCAGCGUUCACCUGAUGUGAACAAACAAGAGAGCAGUGCUUACAGGAAACAAAAGAAACAGACACUUUUUAAAAGGUUUCAUUGUUCGACCCACAGGACACAGCAGGUCUGAGGGGCUGCAAGCUGAGCUGCUGCUGCUUUUGUAGAGGCUCUCUAAAACUGAGCGGGAGAGAGAGAGAGAGGGCGGGCUAGGCAUAGAGAGCGAGCGAGCAAGCUGUGUCUAACUGAUCCUCUGCACACGUUUAUUCAUUAGUGAUCUCAAAGAGAUGAUAAAUAAAAGUGUCCUACAGUUUCUUUCUAGGUUCAGAGCCGGAUUUUAAGUCAAUCUGGGUAUUGGAACAUCUCUGAUCACAAUCGGGCUAUGUUUGUGUUAUCUCGCCCACCCUCACCUGCACAGGUGAAUCAAAUCCAAAUUCUUCUUCAGACAAUCGAUUGUAAAUGUGUUUGAAGGCUUAAGGCAAUUGAGAAAUUCCCUCUGGUAAGAUUUUGCACUUGAGCACAUUAAAACUUAAUUUAUAAAAUGAAGUUAUUAUGUUCACAACCUCCUGUGUCUCCGUGCACGACUUCCUGUGUCCUAGCCCAUGACCUCCUGUGUCCCCAUGCAUGACCUCCUGUGUCCCUCCUCCUUUGUUCUAGCCCAUGACCUCCUGUGUCCUCAUGCACAUCCUCCUGUGUCCUAGCCCAUGGCCUCCUGUGUCCUCAUGCACAUCCUCCUGUGUCCUAGCCCAUGGCCUCCUGUGUCCUCAUGCACAUCCUCCUGUGUCCCUGUGCAUGACCUCCUGUGGUCAUUGUUUUUAAUUGUAUACGAAUAUUUGCCAAAGAGGAGGAGCCCCGUGUAUAAACAACACAAACAUAUGAAGAUUUGUUAAAGAAAACUCUUCCUGGAGGUUUCCUUCCACUUGGACCCAGACCCUUCAUGUCCUGACCCAGACCCUUCAUAUUUUGACCCAGACCCUUCAUGUCCUGACCCAGACCCUUCAUAUUUUGACCCAGACCCUUCAUGUCCUGACCCAGACCCUUCAUGUCCUGACCCAGACCCUUCAUGUCUUGACCCAGACCCUUCAUGUCCUGACCCAGACCCUUCAUGUCCUGACCCAGACCCUUCAUGUCCUGACCCAAACCCAACCCCUUAUGUCCAAAUGCUUCAUGUCAAAAUGUUUGAACUUUGAUUCCACAUGUUUUAAAACGGUAAAAUCUCGAUUGUUCGAAAAGAACAGAAGCUUUCAAAUUCAGUCAUAUUUUAGAGCCAAAGAGAGAGAGAGUGUUAGAGCGAGAUAUUGUACACAGAUAUUGGUAACUUUUCAGUACUGACACGUUGCCAAUGUGUUUGUGCAAUUCAGACGGUUUGCUGCAGUUUACCUUCAUGAAUUAAAACAAUCCAGUAUUGAUGUCUAGGACUUGGACUAGGAGAUUCAACCUUUGUUUAUACAUGAGGCUUCUCUAUACCAGUAUUCAAGUUACUCGUGUCGUCAUAUUUUAACCUUUGUCGCUCAGCUAACGUGGAAAAGGUGAAAGGUCUCCUGAAGAGAAAACAAACUGUUUUUAGUUUGUGAC